UAUGCGUGUGGGGUGUGUGCGUGGAGUCCUCUUGCAAUUGAAAUAACCUGGAAAAGAUGUGGAGGAGCCUGUGCAAACCUUGCACGUCCCUGGCUCUGCUUGGACUCUGUUUUGCAAUGGUCGUCAGAUCUCUGCCUUUCUCUGAUGCAGGGCCACAUGUGAACUAUGGCUGGGGGGAACCUAUUAGAUUAAGGCACCUAUACACAGCCAGCAAACAUGGUCUGUUCAGUUACUUUCUGAGGAUCAACAGUGAUGGCAAAGUGGAUGGCACCAGCAUUCAGAGUCCCCACAGUCUGCUGGAAAUCAGGGCGGUGGCAGUUCGCACGGUGGCGAUCAAGGGCGUCCACAGUUCCCGGUACCUCUGCAUGGAAGAAGACGGGAAGCUGCAUGGACUCCUCAGGUAUUCUACAGAAGAUUGCUCCUUUGAAGAGGAGAUACGCCCAGACGGCUACAAUGUAUAUAAAUCAAAGAAAUAUGGAGUCUCUGUGUCUUUAAGUAGUGCCAAACAAAGACAACAAUUCAAAGGGAAAGACUUUCUUCCAUUGUCUCACUUCUUACCUAUGAUCAACACCGUGCCUGUAGAGUCAAUGGAUUUUGUGGAAUAUGGUGAUUAUAGUCAUACUUUUGAAUCAGAUCUAUUCUCUUCACCUCUUGAAACUGACAGCAUGGACCCCUUUGGAAUCACCUCUAAAAUAUCUCCAGUGAAGAGCCCCAGCUUUCAGAAAUAACUAAUACUCC